AUGCCGGUUAUUCGGGAAGCUCUCGUGGAGCGGACGGGUGUGGCCAUGGAGCAGCUGGGCGUGGUAGUGUCACACGCCGAGCGAGACAUUGUCGAAUCGGUCUCAGCAUUACUACGACGUGUAAACAUACCUUUCAACAGCACAAGCCCAGCUGGAUUGAUAGAAGCCAACACCGUCGAUCCAUGGAACAAAAGCGGCAAAUAUGCGCUCGCAUAUGUCUACUUUUGUAUACCUCUGCUGGUCAUCGCAGCCCUGAUGCGAUACUAUCAUUUAUUCACGGAUAAGAUCCGGACAGCACUACACCAAGAAGAGGUAUUACAGUCCUCGACGACAUCCUCUCCCGACACAGAUUACGAGAUGUCGGUACUUGAUACUGACAAGUCCACCAUGAAGUUCUUCCCACGCGAAGGCCCGCUACCCAGUGCGCCAAAACAACAAUCCAGCGUUUCUUCUUUCGGGCCGAUCAACAACAUUAUAGCGUUUUUCCGGUUCAUCUUCUACCGGCCGAUUCCACAGAUCAGAGUCAAGAAGGGAUGGAGGCCAAUCGUGUUCCCUUCCUUGGCUGUUAUCGUGAUUGUACUCCUAGCCUUGCUCCUGGGAGUCCUCUACUGCACCCUUCCACAGCCGCUAUUCUGGGACAGUAUCGCUUAUGGCUCACCUCCAUUGGCAGUUCGCUCCGGCAUGAUGGCUGUGGCACUGAUGCCAUGGAUCGUGGCACUUGCGACUAAAGCGAACCUCAUCUCAAUGGUGACGGGCAUCAGCCACGAGCGAUUGAAUGUGUUCCACAGAUGGGCAGCAUAUAUUUGCCUCGUGUUGAGCAUCUUGCACACUGUACCCUUCUACGUCACCCCAGUCUGGGAGAAGGGUGCACAUCAGGCAUUCCAGCAGCUGCUCAAUCAACAGAGCGGAAUGUACAUCUAUGGCACUGGUAUCGCAGCACUCGUUCCCUUGUGCUUCCUCUGCACGCAUUCGAUUGCGCCCCUACGCCACCGAAUGUACGAACUGUUCGUGGCCCUGCACGUGCCCGUUGCCAUUGUCUUCCUCGGAAUGAUGUUCUGGCAUUGCAACAACUACCUAACAUCAUGGCACUACCUGCUUUCCACUUUGGGCAUCUGGCUACUGUCCUACUUCAUGCGGCUGUUCUAUCUGAAUUGGACUCGUCCAGGUCAACUGUCAUGGCUUAUUGGCGACGAGGCUGCCGUGACGCUCAUGCCAGAGAACGCUAUCAAGAUUACUAUUCCAACCCGAAUGAGGUGGAGACCUGGACAGUAUGUUUAUCUUCGCAUGCCUGGUAUCUCAGUGUUUGAAAAUCACCCCUUCACCAUCGCUUCACUAUGCAGUGAAGACUUUCCAUCUGAAUAUGGCGAGGGCUACCGGGAUAUGGUUCUCGUCUUCCGCCCGUUCGGUGGUUUCACAAAGAAGGUUCUUCAGAACGCUCUCGACCAUGGCCCAUGGCACACAUACCGUGCCUUUGUUGAUGGUCCAUAUGGAGGUAUGCAACGGCGCAUUGAAGCCUUCGAUGACGUCGUACUCAUUGCAGGAGGUAGUGGCAUCACUGCCAUUGUCUCGCAGCUGCUCUCCCUUAUCAAGAAGAUGCGCGAUGGCAAAGCUGUCACGCGCAAAAUCCACGUGAUUUGGGCCCUCAAGCGUCCUGAAACCAUGGAGUGGUUCAAGGAAGAAUUGCGCAUCUGCCGUGAAUAUGCGCCACCCGAGACCGUACAGUGUCAAUUCUACAUCACCGCUGCGAAACGUAACCCAGGCGGUGGACUUGUCAGCGCGAAAACACCUACUCGUCCAGUGUCGCUGUACUUCCACGACAAGGUCAACGAUGCUUUCCAGAACAUUGCCGACCACCGCCUUUCGGGUCUUUCGGGUGUCUCCUCAAAGCGACACUCCGCUCUCAUCCGCGAUGAAGCGCAGGGAGAUCCUGAGAAGGAGUCUGAGCUGCGUCGCGAGAACGAAGAUAGUAUUACGGCACUUCCUCAGGCGCACAUGGUCCCCGUCAAUAGGGGCCACCUCGCACCACCACGCUCAAGCUACAACAGCGGGCGAAACUCUGCCGAAUCAGCAGACAGCUCGAACCCGGAUAUGAUAGCGCCUGCGCCACGUGGCCUUGCUGCUCGACGUCAAGAGCGCAACCUCUCUCUGGACAUCAAUCAAGCCGUCUCCGCAGGCUCCGGCGCCAUAAAUCCAGAUAUAAUCCACAAUCCCACCGAAGGCGCCCAAGGCUUCGAUUUUGGCUUCCCAUCAACACCCACUGAGUUCCAAAAGAAUCUGAUGCGUUUUGCAUUCCUGCCUGCAGCUGUCAAGAAAAAGGACGGCUGGAGCACUGAAUAUGGACGCCCGGAUAUACCGUAUUUACUCAAAGGACUGAGCAAAAACUUUGGGCGCAGAACGUGUGUGUUUGUUUGUGGGCCACCCACCAUGCGCAUUAGCGUGAGUGAGACGAUUGCGCAAAUGCAGAGGAGUGUAUGGAGUGAUAGUGGGCGGGACGAGAUUUUCCUCCACGCCGAGAACUACGCCUUAUAA